AUGGGACUUCGGAACGGCGAGCGAGACGUUGUGGAAAACGCGGUCCAGAAGCUGGUGAAUGCGACGUACAACGAUCCGUUGCUGAGGAGUCAUCUCGGCCUUGAUGGAACGGUGACAUUUGAAAGCCACACGAAUCUCGGCAUUACCGAUGACUCCCUCUCUGAAUCGAUGGAGCAAGUCUCUAUUGGUUCCGGGCGACCCGACCGAACAACUCGGCGCCGAAGGGCGCGAGGGAAAGGCAAUCGAGUGGACCAGUUCUGCAUAUACCGGACCUCUGAUGACCGAAACAUCCCAACCAUGGUCACAGGGCUGGUCUCAGAGAUUCGACCAGAUCGUGAUGUGAUCAACCAGGAGGGCGAGGGAUUCCCAUUCGCAGCGAGGCGACUCACCACCGCUGUAGUAACCCAGCUCUAG